GGCUCUAUGGUGGUUUCCUCACGACUCCCAGGGAGCUUUGCAGUAGGAUGCAUGUCUGUGUCUCCAUCUGGACGCUCCCACAGAUGACUUCCCACCUCUGCUUACUCAUCCUGUCCAGCUUGGCGGUCUCAUCCCAACUGGGUCUGGAGGAUGUUUUCUUCAGUCCCCAGGACCAAACAGUCAGAGAAGGAGAGGGAGUUUUCCUCCAGUGUGUGUCUGGGGAAAGUUCACCCACUGCAAGCAUCACCUGGCUCAAAGAUGGAGAGGCAGUCACAAGAGGUAGACAGAUUCAGGGUGAGUAUGGAGGCGGUCACCAGAAGAAGACCUCAGGCACUCUGCAUCUUUUCAAUGUAACAUCAGAGGAUGAUGGGAUUUACAUUUGUGUCACAUACAAUUCUUUACUGAACAUCAGCAAGAAGAGCAAACCAGCUAAACUAACAGUGCAGGGGGUUCCCAGACGGCUGCAGAUCGUCCAGGGCCCUAACAACAUCACUGUUGCUAUGGGAACAGAGGUCUCCAUGCACUGUACUGUUCGUGGCUUCCCUGUUCCCAUGGUGCACUGGUUCAAAAACGGCUGCCUCCUAACGAACUGCUCAGCCCUGUUCAGCCUGCAGAACAAUGGACAGCUGCUCACAUUCAGGAAUGUGACCAAGGAGGAUGAGGGCUCAUAUCACUGUGAAGCAUCCAACCAGGAAGAGACAAUCAAGUCCCAACAGGCCUUUCUACUUCCAGCUGAGAUGGAUUGGAGUUUUGUGCAGCAGCCCAGAAACCUGACAGUGAGGUCAGGGGAGAACGUCACAGUCACCUGUAGACCUCCAUACAGCAGACCAGCAGCCCAGGUCUCCUGGUUCAAAAACAACCAGCUUCUCACCCCCACAGCUCAUGUCACUGUGCUGCCAAGCGGAGACCUCUUCUUUUACAGCGUCCAGGUUUUUGACAGUGGGAGUUACUUCUGCAGGGCCUCCAACAUUCACCUUCAAAGAUUUCUUACCUCUAGACGAGCAACACUAACUGUGCUGGCACCUCCGUCGGUAAAACUGUGGCCCCAGCUGCUGACUGUGCCUGUGGGUGCUCGGGUGGUGCUGGAGUGUCAGGUGUCAGGGCACCCUUUACCCUCCAUCAGCUGGAUCAAGAGAGGCCACUCCAAGCAGACUGGAGGCAAGAUUGCUCUGGG